AUGGGCAACAAUGCUGCCACCGCCAACAAAAAGGUGGAUGCCGCCGAAAGCGUCAAGGAAUUCCUUGACCAGGCUAAAGAGGAUUUUGAAGAGAAAUGGAAGAAGAAUCCUACUAAUACCGCCGGAUUGAAUGAUUUCGAACGAAUAAAAACACUCGGGACGGGCUCGUUUGGACGAGUUAUGAUAGUGCAACAUAAACCGACAAAAGAAUAUUAUGCUAUGAAAAUAUUAGAUAAGCAGAAAGUCGUAAAACUGAAGCAAGUUGAGCAUACGUUAAACGAAAAACGUAUCUUACAGGCAAUAAAUUUUCCUUUCUUGGUCAGUCUUAAAUUCCACUUCAAGGACAACUCUAAUCUAUAUAUGGUUCUUGAAUACGUUCCUGGCGGUGAGAUGUUCUCACACCUUCGUAAAGUUGGCCGAUUUUCUGAGCCACACUCGCGAUUUUACGCGGCCCAAAUAGUGCUCGCAUUUGAAUAUCUUCAUUACCUGGAUCUCAUUUAUCGGGAUCUGAAACCUGAAAACCUGUUGAUCGACUCACAGGGCUACCUCAAAGUGACCGAUUUUGGUUUCGCGAAGCGAGUCAAGGGCCGUACGUGGACGCUUUGCGGAACUCCCGAGUACCUCGCACCCGAAAUCAUCCUUUCAAAGGGAUACAACAAGGCUGUUGAUUGGUGGGCGUUGGGCGUCCUCGUCUACGAGAUGGCGGCUGGAUAUCCGCCUUUCUUUGCCGAUCAACCGAUACAGAUCUACGAGAAAAUAGUAUCAGGUAAGGUUCGCUUCCCAUCGCACUUCGGCUCCGACCUGAAAGACCUCCUGCGUAAUCUCCUGCAGGUCGACUUGACGAAGCGUUACGGUAACCUGAAAGCAGGCGUUAACGAUAUUAAGGGUCAUAAAUGGUUCGCAAGCACUGACUGGAUUGCCGUCUUCCAGAAGAAGAUCGAAGCACCAUUCAUCCCACGCUGCAAAGGUCCCGGCGAUACUAGCAACUUUGAUGAUUACGAGGAGGAGGCUUUGCGUAUCUCAUCGACGGAGAAGUGUGCGAAAGAAUUUGCAGAGUUU